AUGGAAGCUAAUUCACUUUACAAAAAAACCAAAAUAUUAUUGGCUGAAAAAAUCCAAUCCUUUAUGUUUGGUGAACUAGGAGAGGAGGAACAAAUUUAUUUAAGCGAGAGGGAAAAAAAAGUGCUAAUCGAAUUUCUACAAGAAGACAGUAUUGAAUUAAUUAAGCAGUUGGAAGAGUUAAGCAAGGAUAAAGACGCCCUGG